CGCGUGCUGUCCGACAAACAGGGCGUCAACUGCACGCGCGAAUCCCUGCGCGCGCUCUUCUGCAACCACACGCACUGCGACCCCUACUUCGACGCGAACGAAGUGAAGCACGAGCUCGCCAUCCCCGGCCUCGCGUCGGGCGUCUUCUGGGACAACCUCGUGCCGAAGUUCCGCGAGAAGGACGCGCUCGUGUCGCGCGAGACGCCGUCGCCCUCUGUCGGCGACCAGAAGGACUUUCUCUCGAAACUGAAUUACAUUUUUGUCGACAUUUCCACUUCUUUCACAGUUCUGGUCGCCAUUUACUUCCCUUCCUGCACCGGCAUCCUCGCGGGCAGCAACCGCUCGGGCGACCUGGCCGACGCGCAGAAGGCCAUCCCCCUCGGCACGCUCGGCGCCCAACUGACCACCAGCUUCGUGUACCUGUCGGUCAUUCUGCUGUUCGGCGCCUCCUAUAAUCCGCUCUUCAUUCGCGACAAGUUCGGCGAAUCGCUCGGCAAGGAGUUGGCCGUGACGCUCAUCUCGUGGCCGCACCCGAUGCUCAUUCUCGCGGGCGCUCUGCUCUCGACGUUCGGGGCGGCGCUUCAGUCGCUGAUUGGCGCGCCCAGAUUGUUGCAGGCCAUCGCGAAGGACGGCAUCAUUCCGUUCCUGGACAAGGUCGAUUACGUC